AUGAUCAAAUAACUAUUUAAAUUAGGCACUAAUGUAUGUGGUUAAAGAAUCGGAAAAAACUUGAAAUUAUUUAAUUACUAUCAAAGAUUCUAUUUUACAACAGGGACCCAAAGCAUCGAUUAAUUAAAAACCAAAUUGGCAGAAUUAAAUUCUAAAUUUUAUGAGAUUGAGGAAUACAAAUAAAAGGAAAAAAUCAUGCUAGAUGUUAUAGAUGUAAAAAAGCAAAUAAACACUUUACUGUUUCCUAACAAACAAGAAGAAAAUAAGUUUUAUGAAGGAUACAGAAGAGAUUUGUUGGUACUUGCUUAACUGAAUUUCGAGAAUGAUAAAAGAGAGGAUUGCAGCAAGCUCUUGAAUGAAAUUAUGUAGGGAGAUUUUAGGAAUGAAUUUAAGGAUCAUAAAGAUGAAAACUAAGCUUUUCUCACAGGACUAUUUAUGAUUCAUUGCAUGUCAAAUUUAGAUAAAUUAUCUAUUGCUGAAUAAUCUGCUGGAGAAGCUGUUUAAUAUCUCUAAUACUUUAUUGAUAAUUAGUGCCCCAUCUAUUAAGCCUCUAUUUAAAAUCAAACUCCUAAUAGUGAGAAUUUAUUCGAAUAAGAAUUAUAACAUAUCCAAAAUAUGGUCACACACUUGUCAUUAUAUUCCAAAAUAUGCUAAGAAAGAGGAAAGUUUAGUGAAUCAAUUGAUUAAUUGGGAAUUGCUGCCACUUUGUUAGAUAAUACUGGUCAUCUAUUUAGAAAAAUAUUCUCUAAGCAAAUUACCGUAAAAACAGAAUUAAGUGACGAUGAUUUGAAAAGACACUUUAUGAACAUUCUUAUUAAUGAAGCUAUAAUAUUGAAAAACUUAGCAAAGUCUUGUUUACACUUAGGAAGAUUUGAGGAUGGUAAAUAAUUAAUCGAUGCUUCAUUAACAUACUUUGAUUAUUUGAUCGAAUAAAAGUUAUUGAGUCCAAAUGAUGAGAACUACGUUGCUACUUUAAUUGAAUUAUAUAAUUACUUAUACCAAAAAAACGAAAAGUUGGAGGAAAUGAAUGCAAUCAAAAAUAAAUUAGAUGAUAUUGCCAAAAAUACAAAAGAAAAUGAAAAUACUCUCUAUACAUUGAUUAGAUAUGAACUAUUUCUAAAUAAAUACUAUAGUACUAAUCUUUAGAAGCUAAUUGAGCUGAUGGCAAAAAUAAAAUAGGAUGUUCCAAUGCAAAUAGAAUUCAAUUAACAACUCAUCUAAGCACUAAUUGGCAAAGGAGAUAAUAAGGCUGCUUAAGAAUACUGCUUAGCAUAAUUAAAUAUUCUUAAAUCCUACUUUGAUUCAUCACAUCAAUAGUAUGGAGAAACUCUUGUUACAUUAUUAGAGUUGGCCAUCAAUGAACAAGACUUUUUAUCAGCUAAAGAUUACAUUGUACAAUUGUCUUCAGAAUCCCAUAAUAUAACCUACAUUUCUGACAUCGAAUAAAUUAUCAAAUUCUAAAGAUUAAGAACUGAGUUUUUGGAAAGACUUAAUCAAUAGUAACCAAUUGAAUAACUAAGAAAGACUUUAGAUAAGAUUGAAAGCAUAGCAUUUACUAAGUUCUCUCGCUAAUAUAAGAAAAGCACUGUCUUGGCUGAUUUUUAUGAAAAAAUUGGAGACAAAAAUUUGCAAAAAGAAAAACUAUAAGAAUGCUUAAAUGUUCUUUAACAAAAUGGUACAUUUCCCAAUAGUGAAUCACUUAUCAAAUCAAUUAAAAAGUCUAUCAGUGAAAUACAAUGA